AACCGAACUCCACGGAUUAGGGAGAUAUAUCUUAACAAACAUAACUAAAUACUCGGCAACUGUUAAAACCGAAUUUACAGAUAGAACCAUAAACUCAAAUCUAUAAAAAACAAAGUCAAACAUCAUAACAAUAAUCACCACUCUGAUGCAGUAGCUACUACUAUAUAUAUAAUAUAUUCCAUGAAUCUCUUCAAUUAGUUCCACUAACCCUUUCAUCAGAUAAUGGAUUCUUCUCCUUUGUUGGGACCCCAUCAUGUUUUUCCCAACAAAUUCAAAACCAAGAUUCUUCUCUUCUUUGUCGCUAUCACCAUAAUUGUUGGGUUUGCUGUAAGAGGCGGCAUAAAUUUUGAGAUAUUGAAAGGGACAGAAAGAUAUAAUGAGGGAAAAACAACCAAUGAGGGAAAUGUUAUUGAAUCAGAAAUCGGAGUUGUUGCAGCUGAUGAUGCUCGUUGUUCUGCAGUUGGUGUUUCAAUGCUUAAGCUUGGUGGACAUGCGGUUGAUGCUGCAGUGGCUGCUGCGUUAUGCGUUGGUGUUGUUUUUCAAGCUUCAAGUGGCAUAGGAGGCGGCUCUUUCAUGGUUGUGAAAUCUUCUUCUAGCUCCAAAGCCCAAGCUUUUGACAUGAGAGAAACUGCUCCUUUAGCUGCUUCGCAGAAUAUGUAUCAGAGAAAUCCCGAAGCUAAGUUCUCAGGUGCCUUGUCGAUGGGAGUUCCUGGUGAGUUGGCUGGCCUUCAUGCAGCCUGGUUGAAGCAUGGAAGACUGCCAUGGAAGACCUUAUUCCAACCAGCUAUAAAACUUGCAAAAAAUGGUUUUGUAGUGUCCCCUAGUCUACAUGAUCACCUAGUUAAUGAUGAAGAUAAGAUAAUGAAUGAUCUUGGGUUAAAAAGUAUAUAUGCACCUAAUGGAAUUUUGUUAAAAGGAGGGGAUAUGUGUAGUAAUGUGGAACUUGGACAAACCUUAGAGAUAUUAGCAGACGAAGGGCCACAAGCUUUCUACAAUGGAACCAUUGGUGAGAAGUUAUUAAAGGAUGUCAUAGAAGACGGUGGCAUUUUAACAAUGGAGGAUUUACGAAAUUACAAGGUGGAAAUUACAGAUGCACAGACUGUAAAUGUGAUGGGAUACACCAUAUAUGGAAUGCCACCUCCUUCAAGUGGAACACUAGCGCUUUCUCUGAUCCUAAACAUCUUGGACAGCUAUGGAAGUCCGGAUGCUGCAAAGGGAAAUUUGGGUAUUCAUAGACUAAUAGAAGCUAUGAAACAUAUGUUUGCUGUCCGAAUGAACUUGGGGGACCCCGACUUCGAAAACAUUAGUCGAACUGUAUCUGAAAUGCUUUCCCCGUCUUUUGCACAAACUAUUCAGCGCAAGAUACUUGAUAACACUACUUUCCCUCCAGAGUACUAUAUGUACAGGUGGAGCCAACUUAGAGAUCAUGGAACAAGCCAUUUGUGUGUUGUAGAUGCUGAUAGAAAUGCUGUAUCACUAACAACAUCUGUAAACUGGCCUUUUGGAGCGGGGAUUCGUUCUACUUCAACUGGUAUUGUGAUCAAUAACGAAAUGGACGACUUCUCCAUACCAACUGAUAUAUCCCCAGAAAAACUACCUCCGGCACCAACUAAUUUUAUUGAACCAAACAAAAGGCCAUUGUCUUCGAUGACUCCUAUUAUCAUCACAAAGGAUGACCAAUUGGUCGGGGUACUUGGAGGAAGCGGUGGAAUGAACAUUAUUCCAGCAGUGACUCAAGUCUUUGUUAAUCAUUUUAUCUUAGGAAUGAAACCUUUAGAUGCGGUUUUGAGACCAAGGAUCUAUACAAAGCUAAUACCGGAUUUAGUUUACUACGAGAACUUGACUGCUCAUAAUGGCGAUCACAUUGAGCUUUCAAAAGAAAGUAGGCUUUUCCUAAAAGAGAGAGGUCAUCAACUGUGUGCAUGUGGAGGAAAAGCUGUUACUCAGCUUAUUGUUCAUACUCCCAAAACACCUAUUAACAUUAAUAGGAAAAUCGGUGAAGACACCAAUUCACAUGUAACGCAUGGUACUCUAACGGCAGUGAGUGAUCCAAGAAAGGGUGGUUGUCCAGCUGCUGUUUAAAUGAAAUCGAUCGAUUCAUAUUGAAAUUUGUAAAAUUCAAAUUGUCCAGUUAUUGUUACAGUAUAUUCAUGUAUAGUGCUUGGCUCGAAGCUAUUGUUGGAAGGAUGAAUAAAGUGAUUUGAGUUAGUUCUUGAGUUCUGUUUGUAAAUUAUUGAAUACUUGAGAAUUCAUAUAAAGUUUCUUUGGUAAAUUGUUGCAGACGACUUGAGUCUUAAACUUGAAGAAAAUUGAAGCAUAGUCAAUAAAGAUUUGUUAUCAGCUGAA